AUGGACGCUGCUCGGCCGUUUUGGGACGACGAGAAUGUACCAGGACCAGGUGACCCAGAACUCCUGGCAUUCGUGAAUUGCGAAGAUAGGCGCGAGUUCCGACCAAGCCUUGAGCAAUGUCGUUCGUGGGGAGAUGCGCCAAACCCGAAAACAUACGCCUCUUUCGGUGACAAUGGCACAACGGCAACUGUGAGCGCAUAUGGCAAUAUCGUGCAAUUCGAUACCUAUAUCGGUGAAGGUCACUCUGGCAUGUUUAGCGCGGACCAUGGAAGUGUCCAAGAGCCCUAUCUGGUGGAAGAGCGAACACGAGGGUUACAAAACGUGGCUACUACAUCUGUAGCAGAGCCCGACGAGAUUUCAAACUUGUACGGACUUCGACUAAGCAAUAUAAAAUUCGAUGCUCUGCCAAAGCAAAGCUGGGUCAACUAUAGAUGGCCAAGAUACGAAUUCGAAGACAAGGGCCUCAAACAGGAGGAGUCUUCCAAAAAGGCAUAUACAGUGCAGUGGAUGGUGUACGACAACGUAUUGUUACAGCACUGCACUGUUGAAAAUCUAGAUGAUACUGAACUAUCUGUCGACCUCGAAUUUUUGGGUACCGACAGCGCGAAUAUGUGGAUUAGAGAUCUGGACCACAUUGAUCCAGAGUACAAAUUUAACGAACACCGUGACAAUUACACUACCUCGCUGGGCCUGCACGGUUACAGCUGGGUUCUUGCUCACAAACUCGAAGCGUCUAAAGCGGAUGGUAUAUCCGGAACAGAAGCCAGAAGUGAGACGAAUGAAAUCGACAACAUAAAACCCCAUGUUGUGGAAGCAAGCUCAAUCGCGGUGGUCGUUUCGGUGUUCUUGAAUGGCAAGACACUCAAAUGGGAUGAGCCUGACCAAUGGAAGGUAAAACUCCCAAGUAAACCAAAUACCAAGGACUCGGGCGAAUCGCUAAGCUUAACGCCGGGCAAUGCAGCGGAGAUAGUCAUUGCAUACAAAAUGAUACUCACGCCCAUAUCUAAAGCGCAUUGGAGAGACUUUCUAAUCCCUGCGUCCUACACCAAUAUCGGCGAACUGAUAGAAAAAGAACCAGUGUCUGACAUUUCUCUUACCUCGCUUUUCUGUGGAAUCGGAGAUGACACGCAGGGCAACGCCAACGAAAGCCGUCGGAAGGACGGGGUGGAUAAGACAAUGAAUAUAAAUAGCGAGACAAGGCCCACGAGCCCAACGAGCCCAGUAAAUGACACUCCACUAGUCGUGAAUCCUUCUGGGCUGCCAUCCAUUGGAUCUUCGCCUGGGAUACACAUCGAGUAUAUCGUACGACGCAAUCUGGAGCAUAUUCUAUCAGCCUGCGCAAUUCCUUUAGCAAGACGCAGUCUUGAGUUGGAGGACGAGAAAGUCGAGGAGCCCGUCCCAGUGGCACUCACCUGUGGACCGAUGUCCUUUCAUAGGCUCACAGCAUCAUCAAGCUAUUUCUCGUAUCAAUUCCUCUUAGAAAUUACUCAACGCCUCCAGCAAUCAACACUAGGUGAGAAACCAUACGUGAAAUGGCUUAUGAAAAGGAUAUCUUCGGUAUGUAGAGGUCAUUUAAGAUGGAUUUCGAAAGUCGCGCAAAAAGCAGAAUCGGGCCACCUUGCCGGAAACUACUGGGUAACUGGGAAAGUUAUCGACCAGGAGAGUCCAUCCUGGCGGCCUGAUAAUUCGCUCACCGACAACCCGUUCCAUAUCCUGAAAGCCGGUAAUUAUGCUGCUGUCUUUCCAGAGGAUAAAAGCACAUCCAUUGAAGUAGUACGGGACAUGUAUAUUCCAUGGCUUCGAAACCUGGAGGAACAAGACAAAAGGAAUUGUUUCGCAUGGCCACAUGCCCAUGAGUCGGACAUCAAUGUUUUUCGCCUAGAUGACCACGUCUGGAUCUGGAAAGCACUCAAGGUCAUAGAUGAACUCGGAUUAUGGACAAUGACAGACCGCAACCAGACAAUGUCUGGCGAAACUGCAACAGAUUCUAGAGUGUCUAUGUACGACGACAUAAGGAGAUGGUCAAGAAUAUACGAAUAUCGCAAUGUGCAGCGCGAGAUGUUAAGGCGCUUCACGACAGAGAGCGAAGUGUCACGGAAGCGGAUGCUGGCCGUCACUCGAUCGCCUCGGGAAACCCGCUUCCUUUUUCAUGCGCGUGACACAGUCUUGUUCUACGAGUUUGACAACUUUUUGCUGCCCGAGACCUCAUUUCGACCGGUAUGGGAAAAUACCAUCGAAGCUCAAAAACAUCAUGAUGACAAUCAAGAAACUCGCUGGGACAAUGCACUUCGCUAUGCGCUGUCAAUCCUCAUGGGAACAAGAGGCUAUAGUAUCAACAAAGAGAAGUCGCCAAGACAGUUAGUUGAGACAUCUCUGCACACAUUGCUAAAGAUCUCCAGCCACAAUGGGCUUUUCACGGGUCAGCUAGACGAGACGAUGAAAGAGCCUUGCCUUUUCUAUCGUGAAGCAGAUCGUGAUUUCUAUUUCCACGCGAGUUUCGAGAUUCCUUUCGUCAUUUUGACUAGGGCUCAUGAGUUGGGCCGCGAGAGUCAAUAUGAUCCUGAAAAGUACACAGCAGAAGGAUCUUCGGCAACCUCUAAUCCUCCAAAAAGAACAAAGUCGGAGGAGAAACACGACGGCCAUCAACAAAAGGCUCUUAAUGAUGAUAUUGUAGAGUUUUCCGAAAGGCUCACCGCGCAGCCAAAACGUCAACUUGUUACAAAUGAGCUCGAGGCCUUGGCUUCUGAAAACAACACAAGUACCCACAGCCAGGCUCUUGCUAAAAUUACACAAGUUGCCAAUCACCGCCAAUCCAUGAAGAAGAUCAUGCCUGUUAACCGGUUCAUCGACUCCAAUAGUAUCAUCGAUAUUCCCGAAGAAUGGCUUUACAAUUACCCGCCUUUCUUGUCCAACGAAAAGCCACUCCUCCCGAAAAACGUGCACGAGGUUUUGGCGAAGUUCUUGAUUGAUAGUAGGGGGUUUAAUACAAUCAUAGACCUUAUGACUGAAGAUGCCGAUCUAGCUGUAAGCAUUGUAAGGGUUGAAGAGAAGCUCCGUAAUAAGUUUUGCAAUGCCCUUGCCUGCGAUACCGAAACCUGCAUCGUGAUCCUCGAGGACAAAGACAACGAAGACAUACGAAAGAGCUUCACUGGUUCUUUGGGACCUGAUCUUGAACCAUUUGUGCAGGAAUUUCUCCAAACAGGUAAAGUACCUCGAUCAUCACUUACUGGUCGCUUCAGCGAUGGUGGCUCGAUCUCUUCAAAACUUACAUUAAAUCGCUUUGGCCCCCGACGAUCGAUCUCAGAGUUUUUGGGAACUGACGAGGUUAUCGAUAAGCUGUAUCGAGUCUUUCUUGAGGAAACAGGCGCUCUGUUACGCAAAAUUCAUAAGUUCAGCGGAGUCCGCAAGUGGCUCCGGUUUAUGCUUUUUGGCGAGACUGAUUUCAUGGUGCGGACCUUGCUGCAUGAGAAGUCAGUGUACAACAAGGUCCGAUCGUUACUUAAAGAGGAUGAAGGUAUUGCAGGCCAGACUAUAGUGCAUGCCGCUAUUGAAUACUUGAAUAGCAUGUUUGAACAGGAAAGCGGUUCCAUGGUCAACUACUGGCUUUUCAAAGAAGAAGGGAUUGAUCGUGCCGCUGUCGUGGAUACGAAGAAAAAGACAACGCAGGGCAAGCGAGCAAAGACAAUUACCGACUCGCAACCGGCCUAUUUGACAAACGUCGAUUUAUGGUCAGAGCAUCUGAACAGGUCGCGUACAGCUGGAACAGCAAAGAAGCGACUGAUCUACUUACCAAAAGCGAAUGCACAGUCAGCUCUAGCCUGCGUCUUGGGGAGCCCAGAGAGCGAACGGCAAUCAAUGUCCACCUUUUUCGAUCGUCACCGAAACUAUAACCUAUAUUUCUUCGACGAUACCACAAUGUCAUUGAACACCUGGGAGACUGAGCUCCAUCUCAGCUUCUAUCAACUCUCCAGGACCACUCAGAGUGUUUCCGCCGAGGAGAUGCAAGGAAUUCCACGGGCGCUAAUGGACGUGCUGCCUGGUGGGAAGGAUAUUGAAAUAACGAAAGCCUCGGUGGGCUUCCGUUUCUCAGGAGACUUCUUCGACCGUUAUUGGACAUGCCAUGUUAUUGAAUUUGUCCCAGCUAAGCCUGAAUGGGAGAGUUGGGAAUUUAUCCAACAGUUCGCGGCCAAAGACAGAAGCUUGAGGCAACGCAAGGUGUUGGAGCUUUCGCUGUUUGGCCGGUGUCUCGAUAUGCUAGCGAGCGGUACUCGCGAGAUCCUAGAGACGCUCAAGCUUGAACUAGGCGUCAGCCACGGGGCUUUCUCGUUCAUCGAUUUGAGGACCGGCGACUAUUUCUCCAUGAGUGACCAGUGGCAGGAAUCACAGCACGCACUACAGGCUCUAGAAGACCACCUGGAGCACGUCAUCAGUGCUAUCAUUGACAAGUGGGAUACUAGGGAAAAGGAUCGUGGAACGGAGAAGCCACGAUGGACACGGAGCGACGAAUGGAAAUAUCGAGGGGUUCUCAAGAAGCUGCUAGCUGCCAACAACAGCAAGGUCAGGGACAUACAAAGUCUUCACGCCGAAAUUAAGACCCUCAGAGAGUUCUUGGGAAAUCGGCAAGACCAAAUCCGCAAUGACCUGUCCCUCUUUGGGGCCGAAAACAUUCGCUUCUUUACAUACGUCACUGUUGUCUUUCUCCCGCUUGGGUUUGCGGCAAGUAUUUUCAGCAUGAGUGAAACUCCGGAUGGGCUGUUGAUUAGCCACAUGGCAGCCACCGCUGCGGUCUCCCUCGUUCUCACUGUCUUCGCAUUAGUCAAUGCCGAGAAGCUGGGAGCCGCUACUGGGGCUGUAUCCCGAGCGAUAGCCAAGCACUCGGACCUACAGAUGAAGAAAAGUCAAUUCCUGCACCACUACCGGGCAUCUAAAAGGGAAGUGCAAGCCUCGAAAUACGGUGCCAAUACGUUUGCAACCGGCACGACGCAUUCGUAUGAGCCCGAUACCAGUACUGUGCUACGGAAUAAGACCGAUAAACCGGACGAUACUCGUCGAAGAGGACGUCCAAAUGAUAAGAACAGCUGGCACCCGUGGUUCUGGAUCUUGUAUAUGAUUAUUGAAUUGCCAGCGCGUAGGGCUGCAUUAGCGUAUCGUGCACUACAAAAGCCCAAACCGACACUGUCAGAUUUCUAUGAAUUUAGCCUAGGUGUCUUGGUUUUACCCUGGUGCGUUGUUAUCUGGUUGUUGCAAUUGAUCGUCAUAAAUCUGUCGGACCUGGUACACAUGAUAAAAUACCAGUUUAGACGUGGCGAGGUCUCUGCAAAAGGAUCCUCCCAGCAAGAUCUCUUCGGCGGCAAUGUAGCCUGGCUGUUACGGCCCCCAAUAGUCUUGAGACCAUUUCUGCGGGCUGAUUUCAAGCCUCGUGAGAAUACCACGCAGGCUACUCAACAGAAGCAAACAGGGCCGGAGGAAGUCAGGAACAACUCAAAUGCCACCGAAGUCUAA